AUGAUGAAAGACACAGGUCAUCAUGAAAAAGAACCCGAAAUUCAGAUUGGAGCUCCCACGGAUGUUAAACAUGUAGCCCACAUUGGAUGUGAUGGUCCUUCUACCCCUGCACCUAGUUGGAUGAACGGGUAUCAAAGCGGUUCAGAGGCUCAACCUGGCGAAACAAAUGCUGGAUCGAAAGAUCUUGGAGGCACUAAUUCUUCACUAGGUGACCCACACAAGGCAAGACAAAGCAGGCGGUCGUCUCACGGGCAUGAGUCAUCCAACCACAGGUCCAGAAAGAACAAGAGCAACAAUGGUGAAUCUUCAGCCAACGAAAGCAGUCGAACCAGGAGAAUCAAGAACUCGAUUCUCGGGUCAGAGACACCCGAACCAGAAACAAAUGUGAAAAAAUCGAGAAAGAAACAAGGCGGCGAAGGAACCACAAGAUCCUCCAGAACCAGAAACAAAGACCCGUCAACCACAGAUUCUGGUUGCAUUGACGGGGUGUGCCAAAAACCACAUGAUUAAACAGUUGAACACACGAAGAACAAACGCGUUGAUUGAGCUUGUAACAAAAUGGAUGAUAAACUUUUACAGAAAUGAAUCUGUAACAAAUUUAUAUUGCAUUCUUAUUUAUGAAACUUUAGAUCAUAUUGUAUAAUUGUACAUAUGAAGAAAUGUGAUUUCAAAAUUCAAAUUACAUUUUUUA